GAUGUAAGGAGGAAAACAUGUGGACAAUGUCGGAGCUAGCUUAGCAGACGUAGUGUACCUUGUGUUUGAAAAUUGAAGGUGUAAAUGAGUUUUGUUGUAGUUGGCUCAGAAUUUUUCAUUAAAAAAGAAAAUUUAAAACGUUUUAAAUCUAAGACUUAGAUUUAGGAACUAUAAUUAUAAUGAUUUAAUAAUAAAAGUAUAAUAAAAAAAUAACAAACCCCCGUUUGAGUUUGCCGUUCCACGUUUGACGUUUGAUUUUAAUUUUUUUUUAAAAAAGACUGCGAUGGGUACCAGAAGUGAGAGGUUGGGAUUUAAAAAAAAUAAUUAAAAUAUUAUUGUUGGGUUUGUAAGACAAAAUGAGGUAUCAAAUGAAAGAUAAUUGAAUGGGCUAUAAUAUAUGUUUGUAAACCUACUUCUUCAGUUUAAUUAAAUUUAAAUAAACUACCACAAAUGACAUCCCAAUAGCAUUUUUACUUAAAAUUUUACAGUAAAAUGAAAAUGCAAACAAUUGUUGCCAUGACGUAUCACACUGCCGCCUUCUUGGUUGCCACCACCCGUGAACUUUUAUAAUUCACUGUCACUAAACCUAACCUGAACCCUAAAUUAUAUGUAUCCCUAAUUUUUUACAACAUCCAUGCAAAACAUUAAUCAUGUGUGAGUGUGAAUUCAUGAACAAUUUUCUGGGCAUCAACUUACAGAGCCUCCUUUACAGAACCCUCACCCCUUCUUAGCACUAAUUUUUAUUUCUACUUCCCUCCACCCCUGAUUAAAAUUAAAGUACCAACACUUUUUUUAUCUUCAAAAAAAAAAAAACUCUGCCCCCCUCCCCCAUUCUCAACACCUGAUUUUCAAUUUCAAGGUACACUAUAGUUCUGGGUCACCACAACUUUUCAAAUGUAAUUUAGGGGGUCUGGACACUAAAAAUGUUGGGAACAACCACUAUCCUUUCACUUCUCUCUACCACUACUCAAUGUGUAAUACUACUGAAAAACUCACCUAGAACUAGAUCACAACUUUUGAAUAACUAAUGAGGCUCUCUAUCACUCACAACUGUAUAUAUUAUAUGCUUAUUCACACCAACUAGCAACCAAUCAGAUUCACUCUCAUGGCUAGUAGUUUCUGAGUUCAAUUAUAAACCCAGUGCUACAAGCUAUAAUAAUACCUGAUACAAUGACUAUACAAUAACCACAGUGGUUCUAAUACCAUGACACCUUGCCACCCUUAGUAUAAACAAUAUUUAAUGCCUAAUAAAACAUAAAUUCUCAGAACACUAUUACUAGUCACUACAAUAAAUCUUAUUAUUUAUCUUAUUAUAUAAAUCAAAAUAAAAUGAUUAUUGUUAAAGCAGUGAAGGACAAAAAAAAAUAGUCCAAACAUUUAUUAAGCUGCUUUCAUAAAAUUUUUUCUAAUACAACUACAAGAAUCUUUUCUCAUUCUGAUAAUAAGUUGUAACCUUCUAAUUUCAGAGUGAAGAAUGAGUUUCCUUGAUCAAGUCAAAGGUCUUAGACCUCCAUUAGACACAAAGCCAUUCCUGGCAAGUCUUAAAAUGGUAUGAUCAUGAAUGCAUGUUCCAAUAAUUAUAUAUUAAUAUUUCAUUAUCUUGUUUAGGUCUGCAACCAAAUGGCAUAUGAGCAAUCUUUGACUAGUUUUAACAAAAAGUAUCAGUUAAAUAAGGGUAGUUUUUCUUUUUAAUAUUACUUAACUAGCAGUUUGUAUUUCAUUUUACAAUAGUUUAAAUCUGUAAUAUUCUUUUACAGGUUUGGGAGAGCACACUUGCUGCUGAAAACAGUGUCAGGAGAGAGGCUUUUAAAAUUUUUGUGCUCAUUUAUUUCGACUGUACUUCCAAAUAUCCAGCAAAACGUGUCCUUGCCAGGUAAAAUAUUCAACAUGUGCAAUCAUUUACAUGAUUAAUAAUCAAUACAUCGAAUCCUUAAAUGCUGAUAUAUGCUUCUUGUUAUUCUCACAUUUUUAUUUUUUUAAACAGCUUUUUUACAAACCUGGAAGAUGAGCCCAGGCAUUUCAUUGAGGACACAAUUGUUGAGCAGCUUUCCAUAAUGCUUGAUUCAAACCUGCAUCAAAAUGAAGAUGUUAAAAUGACUAGACAUAGUGUAGAUAAUAUUGGGUCUCUAAUGGAAAAUUUUCCAAUGGGUAAAUUAUUUUUUUGUCUUAUUAUGGAAGGUUUUUUUUCUUUUUUUUUUUAAACCUUUUCAACCAAGUCCAGUUUUAUUUAAAAGUAAAAUAAACACACCAUCUCAUUUUGAGAACUGUCAGCCAUUCAUUAGUUUAUGAUGAAAGAGUAACUAGUUUUUGAUCUUUCAAAUUUUAAAAAUCCCAAUUGCUUAUUAAUAAAGCUCAAAAAGUGACACUGAACAAUAUAAUUUUGUAUGAUUUUUUUUAAUGAUGUUCACCAAUAAAUGUUUGAAAUUUAAUAAUAAAAUUUUUGUUUUAAGUUAAAACUUUAGUUAUAUAGUACUAUAAUAUAGUAUAAACUAACUCUUCUAGAGAGCUCCACAGGUGAAAUUCCCAUUUACCAUUGUUAUUAUUUUUUUUAGGAGAGAGAUGUCUUGGAUCAAUGGCCAUGAAAGGUAAUUUUAUGCUUUUAUUAGUUUCAAGAGAUCAUCAGUAGAAUGGUGUAAAAUAAAGUUUGAGAUUGGAUUUUUACAGCCCUUAUGUGAACCUUUAUGAAUAAAUAAUCAUUUUUGAAGCUAUAUAUUUUCAUAAUAAUUUCUGACGUUAUAUUUACAUAAUCACUUCUGAAGUUAUAUUUACAUAACAUUUCUGAAGUAUAAUGAGCAAUUUUUUCCAUAAUGUUACUCUGUGUGGCAUCUGUGAAUAAAUGGUUUUCACAUGUCACGUUCAUUCAUGAGCCAUAAUCUGAUUAGCAGAAUACAGGUCCUAACACAUAGAGCACAGGCUGAAACGCCAAACAACAUGCUCACUCAAUGCUCAGACUCCAGCUGCCAAACUAUUAGCAUGUACACCAAAGACAGACUAUAGACACUACAUCACAGCUACAACACAAUCACAUCACAAUAAUCACAAGCCUAAUGGGCCAUACUCCAACUGCCAAACUAUUAGCAUGUACAUCAAAGACUGACUAUAGAUACUACAUCACAGCUACAACACAAUCACAUCACAAUAAUCACAAGCCUAAUGGGCCAAAAGCGUUUAUUUACUAAACUGACAUGCAAUACACACCCCACACAAUAAAACGCAACCCAUGCUACACUCGGUUAAUACUUUGACUGUCCAACCUAACUUUAUUUCUUUUUCUCAUUUCAGCUAUAAAGUUUUUAUUACGGGCUGAAAGAUUUUUCCUAUCUCAUAUUCAGUGAGUGGCUUAUCACAAAUGUUACUUGUUUUGUAGCUGCAUAGUUUAGUUAAGAUAUUCAAGUUAAUGUAGCAUUAAAAAGGUAUCAGUAUAGCUGGUUUGCAAUUAAACUCUUUGUUGGAUAAACCCUGGUCUGUGCUCUUGUUCUCUCUCGUCUUGACUGUUGUAACUCUCUUCCGUCAGGUUCACCAAAACAUUUCAUAGAAAAACUACAAAAGGUUCAAAACUUAGCUGCUAGGCUUGUUCUAAAGGCAAAAAAACAACAUAAUCAUGUCACUCCACUAUUCCAGUCACUUCAUUGGCUCCCUAUACAUGCGCGCAGAAGCUGUUUGUUCUCUCUCACAACUUUUUCUCGAAUUCCUGCCCUUCCUAUCUAACCGAACUUCUGUCUCUCUAUUCACCCCUUUGACAGCUUCGCUCCACCGCAGACACGCAUAUUCUAUCCAUUCCCCAGACACUCAAACAUAUGGUGAACGAUUUUUAUCCUUUCUGCGCCCCCAAACAAUGGAAUUCUCUGCCACUACACAUCCGCAAUUUACCAACCACCCAGGCCUUCAAAACAGCACUCAAAACACAUCUCUUUAAACUCUACUACCCCGACUGAUUCCCUCCUCUGACCGAUAAACGAUGCUGCUAGCUGCCGUCCAUGGCUUGACAUGUAAAAUUUCUGGGGUGGGUGGGGUGUAUAUACAUUUGUUUUUGUUUUGUUGUUAUACAGCUGUUCUUUAUUAUAUAAAUGUAUUUUAUUUUAAUGUCACGAUUAUGUAUCUUUUGCUAAUAUUUUUAUGUACAGUGCGGUGAGCCCAGCCCUUGGCUGUUGUACCGUGCUUUAUAAUAUAAGACUACCAAUAAUAAUAAUAAUAACGAUAGUGAAAUACAUGAUGUAUGUAGGCAUGAGAUGUGCCCUGUCCUAUGCUCUUUUGUAGCUUUUCUUGACUCCUUUGCUUGAUCACGGUAGCUGAUCCCCAUCAUCUUUAGCUGGUAUGUUAGAUGGAACACUUUGAAUGUCUGGCUAUGGGUAAAAGGUUUACAAUUUUUCUAAAACAUAUUUUUAAAUCGUUUACAUUUCUUUCCAUCAGAAAAGAUGUACCUCCUGUCCUCCUUCAUGAGGUCAUGUUACAUUGUCAUGUGACAGUCCAAACACUCAACCUUGUCAUGCAGAAAACUGUCCCGCAAAUAACCAAUCAGAUCACAGAAGAUGGUACACUAUUGGCUAACAUGCUUGAUUUUGACCUAAUGAUUUUGACAAAUGGUAAUGACUUUAUCUUUAACAUUUAAAGAAAAUGCUUGUUUGAAACAUGAGGAUAAUUUUUUUAUUUUAAAGAUCACUAUACAUUUUUGUAAAACUUCACUGUGCAAUUUCAGAAUGAAGCCAAUGUCUUUUUACUUUGACUCUAUAUUGAAACAACUUUUUACUUUGACUCUAUAUUGAAACAACUUUUUACUUUGACUCUAUGUUGAAACAAAAGGAUUAUUCUUAUCCUUUUUUAUUUCAUUUAUAAUACUUUUUUUUUUAUUAUAAAGAUGAACAACAUUCGCUUUUUCCAUUUAGAGCAGAUAACCAUUUAAAAAAAAACUUAUUUCCAUCAGAGUUGUUUCUCCUGGACUGUAGAUGUUGCUGUGCCAUGAAUGUCACUCUGCUGCUGCAGCAGGCCUCACCUGACACAAAGGCACAUUAUCUGGUAUGUGUUAUAAGCUGAACUGACAUGUAACCAAAUUUAAACCUCUGGGUAGUUAAGUGUUUUAUAGUUUAAAAAAUUCAAAGUGCCACCUAAACCCUGCACAGCGAUUAAAAGACGAGUUGUUUAACUUGAAAUAUAAAGAAAAUAUUACUUGUCAAACCAUGAAUAUUCUAUCUAUAAACUGAGCAAGUUUAAUAUGACAAAACAGUCUCCAAAAAAAUGAGUCUGAUUUUUUUUUCCCGAGAAAAUGUAAUACUUAAAAUAAAAUUAAAAGAUUUUUUUCUGGCUUUAUAAGUAGAAAAAAAAAUUAGAAAUCUGUUUUUUUUUCUUUCACUAUUUAUUCUGCAGCAUUGAAAGAAAGUGCGUUUUACAAAUUGUUUCUUAUCAGAGGAUGUAAAAAACCCAAAAACCUGUCAUACAUAUUGCCUUUGUUGUCCUUGCUCUAAAUGUUUUUUGUAAUUAUUCCACAGAUCCCAGCUCUACUCAUUCCAAAAGUUUUCAGUCAGGAAUACAGAACUAGCAUUCCGUGGCUUUCUGAUGCUCAAAGAUCGUGUCUCAAUAUGGAGGAUCUUUCCACUAUGGCUUAUCUGGCCCUGGCCUUUGGUUACAUUGCAAUGGUUUCUAAUGCAGCUGUGGUCACAGAAACCAAUGAAGGGCAUAUUUUUUUCAUUGACCAUUUGCUACCUGAUAUGCUGUGUCGAGGAACCUUGUUAGUCAAAUUUUUAUUAUUCAUUAUUGAUAACUUUAAAAUUUUGUUGUUCGUAAACUUUAUUUAAUAAGCUGUACUAUCUAGCUAGCAAGCAUUUAAAAGAAUUUAUUAUUUUUUACAUGGUAUCUGGAUAUAUUAGAAACAACCUCCUUUUGAAAUAAGAAAGAGUUCAUGCAACAUCUUAAAUGUAAUCCAAAUUGUUACUUAUUAUUGUAUAAAUAUUAUAAUUUAUUUUAAUCAGUUUAUUUUCAGUUGUCAUAAUCAUCUAUACUAAAAUUUGUAACACUUAUGUUUUAAAAAAAAUUAUUUAUAUUUUGUCAAAGCUCAUUUUAAUUUUGCCAUUGCUCAUAUUUUAAAUCGUACCUUUACCAUAGAAGUUUUUUCAAUUCCCUUGUUGGAGCUUUUACUGGGCCCCGGAGGCCCGAGAAUGGAUUUUGUCACCUACAAAAACUGUAUAUAUAUUUUUGUACAUGAUUUAAAAGGUAAUGAUAGAGUACUUAAGUGUUUCGUCAUAAAUUUAUUAAAUAUUUAAUACAUAUUAUCAUCUCUUCUCCUAGAUGCGGAGACACGGUCAGCAAAGCUUUAUUUGGAAAGUCAGUUAGUCUCUGGACUUCAAAGCUGCUGUAAGAUAUUUAAUAUAGUAAGCUUAUUCCUUCUAAAUACUGGAAGAAGAAAAAGGGAAUGCUUUCAGACAGCUAAAUUGUUUGUUUCAGAUUUAUAAUUUAACAGUCUUUUUGACUGCUUUGAAAUGUAUUUAACAUUUGCGUGUACUUGAUUGACUAGUUCUCCAUAGUGGGCAGUCAAUCAAGUUUUAGUUCUCCAUAAUGGGCCGUCAAUCAAGUUUUAGUUCUCCAUAAUGGGCCGUCAAUCAAGUUUUAGUUCUCCAUAAAUGGCCAAACUUGAAAUUUGUGUUGAUGAGUAACGGCACCACUAAUUAUCAUUAUUAUUGUUCUUUUUUUUUUGGCUUAGAGCCAGUUUACCAGGAAAUGAGGUGGGCCCCAAACUGGCCCAAAAGAUGAAUGGCAACAGCCGGGCACUACAGAGUUUGCUUGAUUAUGUGUGGACUCACUGGGAGGAUCAGCUAGAUGUAAGGCAGAUUGGCACUCAGUUUAAUCAUCUGAUUUUUUUGCUUUGAUGUUCUCCACAAAAAUUUAAUUUUUAUAUGUGCAUAUACACAGUAAUAACAAUUGCUCAAAAUUUAAUCAUUUUGAAAAUUUAACUCCCUAAAACUAGAAUAAUUGUGGUUGUCUUGAUAUUUUUCAGGUGAUCCGCCAAAAUGCCAAAUCUGUAUUUGAGAACGUUUUAAAAAUUCACUGGAAGGUUGCAUCAUGUAAGUUAAACCACUCAGCUAUCUUAGGUAAUCUCUAAACAGACAACGGUACAUCUAAUUUAAAUCUUAUAUUUACAAACACUGAAUUAGUAAUCUGUUUCUCAAUUAAGACAAGGAAAUUUAAAAACAAAAACAUUCACUUUUUAAAAUCUCCCGUCCACAGCCAAUGGUAAGCCAGACAUUUUUAUCCACUCUAUAAUGGAACACAUAUUUGCCGUCAGUUGGACAUCAAAAGGAAAAUUUACUGCUUUGGGCUCGUGCGUUCGACUUGUUGGCGCUUGUGACGUCCUGGCCAUACGCUCAGGUCUACCCUUAGAAGUUAUUCAGCAGUUGGAAGAGCAGGCAUUGUCAUGUUAUGUUAGUAGUAGUUUUGCUUGUCAUUUUUUUUUACUGAUGUGUUUAAUGGUUAAACUUAUCUAUAUGUAUAUAGUUGUAGCAAUUUGUUGAAUUGUUUUUUUGAUUUUUAAAAAAAAUUGUUUUUGUUUUGUUUUUUGGUUAAUAUCUUAGGCUAGUGAGUUGUACUCUACCUUAUUUACCUCCCACCACCAAGAGCUGAAGAGCAGAGAACCUGGUGACAAGUGGAAAAAAGUAUUUCUCCAUAUAUGGAUUGAGCCGGUGGUCAUAGCCAUGUGCUCUGAGAGCAAGAAAAUGAAGCAGAACAUCAUUGAAGUUUGUAGUUUUAAACAUUUUGCCAUUUAAAAGUUGUUGUUUUUUCUAUGAUUAGUGUAUGAACAUUUUUUUCAAUUUUAUUUUUGACCUAUAAAUAUGUGUCAUUGCAUAAAUUAUUGAUUUAUGAGAUUUAUGUUAGCAAGAUGCUGGGGGAAAAAAUAUAAUAUUGCAGGCUAGUGAGAAAAAAAAUGAGAAUUAUGUAAGUGCCAUUAAAGUUAGAGCUAGAGCAAUAAAUAUCAUCACAUAAAUAUCAUUCACAAAUCCCAGUAUUUGCUGCCGAAACUCAUGAAACAUGGGGAUGAAAUAUUGGACUACAUGAUCUCACGGCUCUCUUCAACCACACAAGGUAAGGCAUGGGGUCACAUGUUGACGUCUUUUUUUAAUGCUGUAUAGAAAAAUAUAAACAAAAUUAAUGGGUUGUUAUUGUAGAACUUUUUAAUCUGAUUUACUCACGGGGGCACAAUUUAAAGUUGGGAUUGUUUCUAUAUUUAUAUCUAAAUUAAACCAACAUGAAUUUAAUGGUUUUGUGUUACUGAUGGUAUUUGCAAGUUAAAGGACAAACACUAGUUUUGGUUGGUCAGAACUUUUAGCUUAUUUUUAGCUAUUGAAAUCCCUUUAAUGUGAAAAUGAUACUAAGCAAUAUGUGAAUGGGAUUUUAUGAUAUUCUUCAAAAGCCUGUGAUAUUCUUAGAAAGUCAAAAAGUUGUUGUGUUUGACUCUGACAAAUAAUUUUGUCCGUUGUUGUCUUUAGAGCAGCACGAGCCAUGUUAUGGUGCAGUCAUUAUGUGUUUACGACGAGCUCGAGUGCUGGGUCUCUUAAAACCUUUGCCCCGGCCAGAUACCAGGAAAGAUUCACUGUGGUAUGGGCGUCUUCAUCCUGAUGUCCUCAAGGGAGCAUUGUGUGGCAUGGAUCAACAGGUUCAGUUUUGCUGUUUCUUUCAUGCUGUUGGACGAAAAAUUGUUGCAUGCUUUCUUGUCUUCAGUUUUCCUGAUCACUUGUGUCCAUGUUGUGCGUGUUUCGUGCGUGCCUCCCCCAUCAUAAUUGGUGUAACUCCCGAUACUCUUCAUUAAUUACAAUUAAAAUAAACUGGAGUGUGAAAUUUUAAAUAUAUUUAUAAAACUAAUAUAUACUCAGUUGACCAUGUGGAUCCAUGGAUUAUUAUCAUGGAUAUGAUUGGAUAUAGUUUUUAUUAGGUAUUGUUAAGAAAAUUCCAUUUAUUAAAAAUGAGAUGAUGCUUUAUUUUUCAGUGUCAGGAAAUAUUCUAGGAAUUCAAUUAGAAUUUUAUAUAAUUCAUGUUAUAUGCCUUUCUUUCUGUCAGAUUCGCUUGGAUGCUUUUGCUCUUUUGUGUGAGAACCACAAAACUACAGAGGCAAUAACUUUGUUUGAGCUCGACAUGUUGAAAUAUUUCAUUCCAUUCAACCUGAACAACCAAGCGCCUGCGUUUAGACAAUCUUUUGUAUCAUUGCUGAAAAAGGUGUGUGUGGAAAAACCUUUUAUUUCUUCUUUAAUAUAGUGGGAAGUUUUCUUACUUGUAUGCAUUAUUUUUUGUUUGUAGAUAAAAAUAAUAGCUAUAACAAAAUUACUGGGCAACCUUGAACGCUUAUUAUGUAUGAUUUUUAUUAUUGAAGGAAGCCGUUUCAUGAUAUUAAGUUUAAGGUAAGAUUAUUUUAUUGAUCCAAAUAAAUGGAAUUUUUUUUUUCAUUCAUCGUUAUAUUUUUUCAGUCUUGAAAAUCCUUGUUGGUUUUUUUAAAUUUCUCCUUAAAAUUAGUCUGUAGCAAGACUUCCGUUGAAUAAUUUUACUUUAUGAAUAGCUUUUGAGCUCCUGAAAGUACUAAUAUUGCAUUAAAUAAAUAACUUCAUGAAAACUGGAGUAUUAUGCAGUCAGAAUAUUAUUUUAUGAAUUAUGAUGAUGCUGAUUUGUUUGGUUAAGUGAUGAAAUAAUUUUUUAACUCCCUUGCCUCAUGCAGUUUUUCACCAGGAUGAAAGAAUCUUUGGCAGCCGCCAAAAGACUUGCCAGGAAAGACAAACAUUCUAGGACCCAGGAGGAGUCCAUACAACAUUGUCAGGUAUGUUCCAAAAGUGAUGGAGGAAUCUUUAAAAUUUAUGAUUUUUUACUCGAAAUUUGUUUUAUAGGCUGUAGACGUCAGGUUGUCAACUGACCUUUUAGUCAAAAUGUGUUUCAUAGGUUGUAUAUAUCAGGUUGUCACCUGUGUAGUGUCAUUUGCCAGGAUCACUAGUGCUGUAUGGAAGACCACCGGCUCCCAAAACAGAUAUUCUUCGGAGAACUCACGAUAGGCAAGCGCUCCCAAGGAGGUCAAAAAAAGCGUUACAAAGACUCACUGAAAGCUGCACUAAAAGCCUUCAGCAUCAACCCUACUAAAUGGGUGCAGGCAGCCAAGGACAGACCCAGGUGGAGAACAGCUGUCAAGAAGGGGGCUAAAUCUCAUGAAGCCAGUAGGAUAACCACUGCUAAGACAUGCAUGCUGGCCCUAAAGACCAACAUGAGAUCACCGACUGCAGCAACUAUCCCCUGCCCGAGGUGCCAGAGUGUAUUCCAAGCACGGAUCGGUCUAGCAAGCCACCUAUGAGCUCACCAUAACCCACCCUUCCCCUAACCGGAUGACUCAAUGGUCCUAGUCGAUUUCGACGGACGAACAACAAGUAGUGUCAUUUGCCAGGAUCACUAGUGCUGACGCCUUAUGUACCCAGUAGAGAGCUCCGCUCAUCGGAUAGUGGCAAACUCUCGACACCACGUGUUUGCCUUGAGACUUACGGAAAGCGCACUUUCGCAUUUGCUGGUCCAACAAUUUGGAACACCCUUCCUGUCGAUCCUAGAAACAACCAGACACUGGAGUCCUUUAAAACCGAUCUAAAGACACAUCUAUUUCGCAAAUACCUUCUGGGAUGAUUGUCUACCUUAUUUUCCAGUGUAUGCUUGUAAUUAGUUUUUGUAGUGUUGCGUUUGUUUUAAAUGUGGUAAAUUAUAGAUAUGUUUUUUUGUUGACUUUGUACCGCGCUUCGAGCCUUUGAGGAUGAAGCGUGUUUUUGAAAUGAACUUUAUUAUUAUUAUUAUUAUCACUUGCCAGGGUCACUUAGAAAGUCUUUUAUUUCCACAGUUCUGAAGUUAGUUCUUCAACAAAUUCCAUUUGUUUACAUUUACUGAGAAUAUUUCAAACUUACUCGAAGAGGAUCUCUGCUUCUCUCUGCAGGGUUUUCUGUCCUGGCUUGGCAAGCAUCUGCUCUACUGUCUCUACCCAGGGUCAGCAUUUGCAAGAAGAACUACCAGCCUGGCUGUGCUUUCUUUAAUGACCAGCUGCUUUUCUACUGGUAACUACUAUUUUGAAACCAAGCUACCUCUUUAAAAGAUAAUUGAUAGACUGCAUUCAAGUUGAGUAAAUGAAAUAUAAGGACAAGGUACGCUAAACUUGAAUUCAUAGACAGGACAAAAGAGUUAGAUUUUUCGGCUUAGAGCCUUCAUCAGAAAACAAGAAAAAAAAGAAGUAUGACAAUCCUUCUUCUGGCAACGAAAGAAAUCUCUUUAAGUUUCUUUUACUGUGCUCGGUUACUUGUCAUACUUCUUUUUGCCUUGUUUGCUGAUGAAGGCUCUAAGUCGAAACGUCAAAAUCUUUUGUCCUGUCUAUGAAUUCAAGUUUAGCGUACUACCUCUACUUAUUCUACUUCUUUAAGGAUUGAAUUACUACCAGAGGCGUAGCGUGGUGGGGGCAGGGGGGGGGGACAGGGGCGCCAAAAUGUGCUUUGAUAUUAUUUUAUUGAUGAAAAUAAUGGGUUUGAGAGUGGAAUAAAAGAAAAAGGGGCGCUAAAAAUGGAUCUUGUCCCCGGGCGCGAAUCUUGUCCCCGGGCGCCAAACACCCUCGCUACGCUACUGAUUACUACAUUUAAGUUGUAGUCAUGUGACCCCUUGUCAUGUUUACAGUAAUUUAUAUACAUAUUUGACAAUUUAUAUACAAUGUACAUACACAGUUGUCAUUUAAUGAAUCUUUAUCAUUGAUUACUGAAUGCUGAUGUUGAAAAUAAGCCCAUCACAUGACUUGUAAUAUCUGCAGAGACAGAUGGGUUUUCACUGCCAGCCCUGUUAAACUCCCAAGACAAACAGAUUCUGGUGGAGUGUAUGACGGAUACAUUUGAAGAGAAUAAAAAAGAAGCCUUCAAUAUCCUGUCGGCCUACAUGGAACAUUGUCAGCCAGUUUGGGUAAAGAUAAAUUAUUUUUUAUUUUCAAAUUAACUUUUUAGAAACCAACGAUUUAUUCACUUUUUGAAUCACUUUGCCGUCUCAUGCAAAAAUACUGUUUUGACAACUGUCAACAGCUUUCAGAACACAGCGAAUUUCCAGUUCAGAACACUUUCAAAAUUACCAAGUAAUGUAUUUUUGUGACUAAAGAUGGCAGUGCAUGCUAUGAAACUAACUUCACUCCCGCUAAUCUCAAGUUUUCUUAAUUUUUUUCCCCUCUCCAACUUCCAGGACAGAAAUGGCCUGACCCAGAUGUUGGAGAUCUCCAUGACCCUGUCUUGUAGCACACGUCCACAAGAUUGUGACACGGCUGUGUAUAACUUUUUGUUAAUUCUGAAACAACAAGAGCUCCAUCCUUCGGCCUGCGACUUUUCUGGUAUGUUGUGCAGCUCUGUUUGACUUUGUUCCCAAGAUUUCUGAGAAAUUUCUUUUAGCUCUGUUGUUUUUAUUUCGAAUAGCUUGUCAUGUAUUUUGUUAACUUAUGAAUAUUCUAUAAUUUUUAAUAAAAUUUGCUACCUGCACAAUGAACUAAUAAUUCUAUGAUGUUAUUGAAUAUUUUUAUAACGUGUACUGAUGUUAAUGAAUAUUUUUAUAACAUCUAACUCGGGUAAAACGGACAGGCUCCAAAUCCAUGUAAAUUUUCUCUUAAAUGAAAUGAAAAACUUUUCUUAUUUUCGGUAUGUUUCAAGAGUUGUUGCCCCAGACUUGGUUCCCAGUCACAAGACCAACCGGCACAGUGAAACACACGGCUUUGUUUCUGCUCAACUCACUGUUAGCUUUGCUGGAUGACGAAACUACUGUGGCCAACCAGAGCUUGAUCACAGCUGCAGCUAACAGGCCAAUGUACCCCACAUUGCACUGCAUCAGAUACAUCAUGCAGGAAAUAAACUUCAAGUAAUUGAUGCAUGAAGAAUAGAGGACUGCUGAGAAGUCAUAGUUAGAGAGCAGUUAAUUCAGUCAGAAAUUGAAGAGUUUAUUCUAGGUGUUGUUGAGGAGCUGUUCCUGAAGCCAUUUUUUCGCUGCUUUCUUUAUUACUGUGUUAUAUAAAUUUGAAAAAGAUAUGAAAAAAAAAAUAAUUCCAAGUUGAAACAAUCAGUUUUAUUCAAAUGAAUUUUCUCCAACCGUGUACAGAUCGCUAGAGCCUGAACUGCUGCCGGCUGCCAAAGAAUUUAUUCACUGCCUGAUCAACAGUUGUCUAACUUUAUCCAGAGUAGUCUCCCCUGUUGUACAGAACUCUUCGCCAGAAGGAAAUAUUCCCGAAGAUGCUCUUUAUGGCCCAGGAUUUGAUGUCUCUAACAAUUUUGAAGAGGAAAAUUGUGGUAAAGACUCGGGCGAUGGUAAUUCUUUUCUUAAGACUGCACAGGUUUCUUUUUUAUUGAUUCAGAUUGGGAUAUGAAGUACAGACAAGUAAAAUACAUCGUUCAAUAAUUAAGAGCUUCGGCUAUAGUCAAGUAGGGUGGUUUUAUUAAAGAAGGCAAAAUAGUUUCUCUAUGAUCCCUUUAUUAAUUGGCAUUUUUAUUAUAAAGCUGGUGGAGCCAAAAGACAUAUGACAGUAGCUAUGUGUAAAAUAUUGUUUGGUCUACUACAUUCUUUGAACAAUGUCAUUCUUCUAAACAAUAUGGCCUGUGAUAAACAACAGGUGGCACCCUGUAUCAAGAUGCACAAUUCCUUUGUCUCAUAGGUGUGCCACAUUGUUUUAUGCUGUUGAAAAGUAGACAAUGGCUAUAACAAAGUUUUAAAAUCCAAAACAAGUUACAGACAUUAAAUCUAGAAUAAAUUCCAUUGUGAUUAAAAUAAAUCAAAUUUUGCACAGAAAAAAAGAACCAGGAAAAGAAGAGUUUGGCUGAAUCCAUCAAGCUGAGUCGAGCCCUAGUGGAGUCUAUGCCAGAAUAUCUCAUCGUCUGCUGUUGGAGGAGUAUCAAAGAAGUGUCCUUGACCUUGGGCAAAUUGUGUCUGCAGAUCCCAGUUGGUCUGAUAUCAGAAGUUGACCAUCGGUCACUGCUAACAUUGCAGCAGGUAAAUUUGUUUAUUAUUUUCAUGUUCUUUAAGUAGUCAUCAUGUCCUUUGUUAAGAAAUCAUCAAGUCCUUUUAAAAGGUGUGUUAGAUUUUAAGAAAAAAGACAUUGUGCUUGAAAUAAAAUUUGCUGUAAAUAGAUCAGAACUUUGUCUUUUACCACAUAAAAACUAAUUCAAAGGUCACCAACCAUUUUAUGCCUUCAAGACCACUCACAUUAUAACAAAAAGCAUUAAUUCUGAAAAUAAAAGUCUUAUAAAAUUAUUAAAAUGAGAGUUAUAGCUCUUGAUGGAAACAGUGGAAUUGGGUCAUAGAAUUUAAAGAUGCUGUCCAUGUUAAAAAAAGGACAAGUGAAGUCAUACUUUGAAAAUUCAUAGCGUAGAAUAUACUAAUGUCAGAAAGUUAUUUUGUUUCAUUUUUUAAUUUAAAGUUUGCUCUAUUCUACUGUACUACUUUGAUAGUUUUAAACAAAAAUUUAUACCAAAGUGCCUACAAUUGACUUGGCCUGUCAUUUAAAUUUUUUAACAAAUAAAUAGUGAAACAAUGUCAAAGACUUGCAAAAUUACUGUCAGGCACCAUGUUGACUGCUUGCAUGCACUUGGGAUAUCACUUAGAAUAAAUUGUCUCCACUGUUAGAGAGGUGAAAACAAGCAGGAUGGACUGACUAGAACCCAUAUGUUUACUCAAGAAUUUAAAAAUUUGGAAAUAAAUGUAUAAGAAGUGAGCUAAUUAGCAGUUUAAAAUGUGUGCAUUCUUGUAAUCAAAUUGUUAGCAGUUUAAAAUGUGUACAUUCUUGUAAUCUAAUUAUUAGCAGUUUAAAAUGUGUGCAUUCUUGAAAUCUAGUAUUAAAAGGUAAUAAUUUAUGGACUGCAUUCAACGGAGGGCAACAUGAAGGUGCAUUAAGAUGUAACCAUUAUGACUCUAAUUUCGUGCACAAACACACCAGAGAGAGUGAAAAUGGAAAAUAAAUUUAUUCAGCUUUUCGUUAGCAUAUCUCCACAUGGUAUGAAUCAAAUACUCUUUUUCUAACGUUUCUCAAUUUCCCCAUAUAUUUUCUUUUUUUCUUAUACCUUAGAUUUUAUGUAUCCCUAAAUAUUUGGUCCGUUAAGAUUCUCUCCCUUAUUUUUCACAGUACCAAUAUUUAGAUUCUUUCACUUCCUGAAAUCCUACUUCCGGCAACGAAAAGGAAAUCUCUUUAGUUUUUUUACUGUCAUCUCAUAUUUGUCAUUCUUCUUUUUGUCUUGUUUUCUGAUGAAGGCUCUUAGCCAAAACGUCCAUCUUUUGUCCUGUCAAUGAAUUCAAGUUUAGCAUACCUUGUUCUUAGAAUUUCAUUAGUCUAGUAUUAGCAGUUUAAAAUGUGUGCAUUCUUGUAAUCUCCAGGUGCACCAGUUGGGAGAGUACUUCAGUGAACAGCUUCUAGAGUCUAUUCACAGAGGGGCCUUUGAAUUAGCAUAUUCUGGUUUCCAGCUCAUGUGUCAAAUGUUGUGGAGGUCAGUGUCUUGUCUCCUGAUUAGCUUUGUCAAAAUCAAGCAAUAUUUAUUUGUGCAUCAAGCCUUCCAUCCUCAAGUAAAAUUUAUUUUUAUUGCAUUGGAUCUAUACAGAAAUGUAAGACCUUUUGCCCAUUUAAUUCCCUUGACAGCCUUCAGCUGCUCAUUCUAUCAAUGUUUUAUUUUUUUAAAAUAAAGACAAUUACAGCACUUUAGCACCACUUAAAUUACAGUUUAUUUACUUAAAGUGUAAACUUAAUAAUAUUAAGUUCCUGUAAAUGAAAGUUAUGUGCACUGAAUGCUUGGCUCCUCUAAAAAUGAUACUGCUUACAAAAAAAAAUUUUAAAAUCUCCAACCCCCAAAAAAGGGUGAAGAAUAAUAGUGAAGAAUAAGAAAAACAUCAUUAGGAAUAAUCUAAUUUAUUUGCAAAUAUUUUGCUCUGAAAAAAAUUGAAAUGUCUAAUUCCAAAGUCACAAAACUAUGUUUAAUAUUUUGCAUACAUGGUUCACAAAAUAAUGACACGGAAACAUUCUCACACAUUAUGAUAUUUCCAUGGACAUGGAAAUAUAAAUUGGUGCACAUAUCCAAACUUUUUGUUGCACACAUUGGCCUGCAACUGUACUGAACUUAUUUGAAAAGACUGAUGGACGAAUCAACCUCCUAUCACCUCAUCAGCUUAACUACUAUGUGUGUGUUAAUUUAAGCCCUCAUCUUCAUUCAGCUGUCCUAAGACCUCUUGUGUUGAUUCAAACCCUCAUCUUCAUUCAGCCGUUCAAAGACCUCUGUUGUGUUAAUUUAAACCCUCCUCUUCAUUCAGCCGUCCAAAGACCUCUGUUGUGUUAAUUUAAACCCUCCUCUUCAUUCAGCCGUCGAAAGACCUCUGUUGUGUUAAUUCAAACCCUCAUCUUCAUUCAGCCACCCAAAGACCUCAUUCCAUCAACUUCCAGGCCUAUGGCUGACUCAAGUUAUCAGUGACAUCAAAUCUGGUGACCCCAAUGCCAGGUUCUGUUCAACCCGACGCAGUGCUGGAGUUCCCUUCUUUGUUCAGGUUGUUUUUUUUUGUUUUUUUAAAAUGUGUGUCUGUGUAAUUGUUUUAGACAAAUGACAGGGGUUUGGGUUAUGUAUUUAAUUACAUGCAAUGACAGCAGAGACCCAUUGUGGUAAGAGGAUCCAAACAUUGGGGUUCAGACACACACAAACCAAUCUAAAAGUAUGCCACCAUGUGUCAAGACAUACUCAUUCCACUACAAAAGUAUGUCACCUUGUUUCAAGAUGUUAAUGCUCCACUGUUCGCCUAGAGCAGAGGUGGAUGCACAACACACGCCAAAACAUUACAUUGGAUGCACAUUAAUAUUAUAUCAUAUUUUGUAUUUGAAAAAAGACAUGCUCAAACCUUUUAAAAAAAGUGUGUCGCCAUGUUUCAGGCUAUAACAUCAACAGAGCCAGCAACCACAGGCAGGAAGUGCUUUCAUCAAGUCAUGAGAGAUCUCUUAGCUCUAGCAGCUGGCCAGCACAAUGCAGGGCAGGCUGACGUUACCAAAGGAGGAGAAGCGCAGGUACGGCUCGGCUUGGGUGUUUGAAGUCUUUCACCUCUUUAUUAUUUGACAUGUUUUUUCACAGGAUCUUGGCGACGGUAAAAUUUAAAAUCUUUUCAAUACAAUUUCCAUGGACUGGAUUUGAAUAAAGAACCAGAGAAUAAUUAACUUAUGUACUGAAAUUGUGGAAAUGGGGUGAAAUUCACAUCUGUUUAGAAAUUAAUGACCCAAUUAAAAAAAUAAUAAUUCCAGAAUCAUUCAAGUCACUUAUGCUAAAAAAAUGUGUUAAACUUAGGGCUCUUGGCACUGUGGGUUUUUACAGAAUGUUUUCACGAUUCUAAACAACUGAUAUUGAAAUAUUUUGAUAAUUAAAUUUAAAAACAAAAUUAAAAAAUGUUAUUUGUCCUUUUUAUUUGGCCAGGUGCAUGCUGUAAAUAUCUUGAGAAGUUUGUACAGAGAUGCCAGGUUGGGCGAGGAUGUUUUACCCUAUGUCUCUGAUGGUCUUAUAGCAGCGAUUCUAGGAUUUAAAUCAGAGCAGUGGGCGGUAAAUAAGAACAUUUAAUUUGUUAUUUAAGUAUUGAGUUCCAAUUGUUUUGAAUCUUUCAUAAGUUGUCUUAUUAAUUGAUUUGAUUUUAGCUGUAGGUUUAGUGUAAUUUUUAAAAACAAAUAUUUUUAAACUGUAUAUUAAUCUAAAAUAAUAAAACUCUAAAUUCAAAUACAAUGUUUACGUUAAUGUUUUAAUUAUCUCAAUGUUAAUCUAAAAAUGUGUGUUUGAUAUGGUCUUUGACAUGUUUAUAAAUAUUUCUGCAGCUAGUGGGGUUAACUUCAUAGAGGAAGAUAAUAUGGGGGAGAAAAAAAAACUGUUUAGAAAUACGUGCCAUACUUAUUAUACUUUCAUGUUUCACCAAUUUUGUCAUUUGACAGUAAUUAUAUAAAUUCCCCCCCCCCCCCAACUCAGCUUGUAAGAAGUUAACUGUUCUGUCAGAUGGUGUUUUUUUUCUACUAAAGGUACGCAACUCUGCUACAUUAUUGCUAAGCGCCUUGAUGACAAGGAUUUUUGGUGUAAAGAGAAGUAAAGAUGAGACAGCCAUGUCCAAGAAAAACUGGUAAGGAGAUGUUUAUGUUCAAUUAAAACAUAGAUGAUAAAACAAACGCCGAUAGUAAUUUUCCCACAUUUUUGUAAAAUUGCUAUUAAAAGCAUUUUUUUUGUUGUUGUCAGAUCUUUAAUGAUUUAGUUCUGUCUGAAUAUAAUUAAAAAACCACUUCCUUGUUCUUCUCUUUUAGCCAGACGGGAAGAUCGUUCUUUCAUCGCUACCCUACUCUCUACCCCUUCCUGUUGUCAGAACUUGAGGAGGCCACAAUCAACAUAGGGUCGGUCUAUCUACAGCACAUUAGUAUUGACUUUAUUCUGUAACUUGUUUGUUUCACAUUUACAAACUUAAUGCCUCAGCUUAAAAAUGUUUGUUGUAACUCAUCAGUUUUGAGUAUUCUUAUCAUUAAAGAUGUUUCAUUUUGUUGGGUAUUAAUAAGUUUUUCCCUGCAGGUCGAGUGACAGGCUCCACCUUCACCCCAGUCUGUAUCCAGUCCUUCUAGUGCUCGGUCGACUUUUUCCUUCUACACUGGAGAGCUCUGAUGCCAAUCUCAGUUUGAGUGCUUUCAUCCCUUAUGUUAUCAGGUCAGUCUUUUAGUCUAUAGUUAAGUACUUAGACUCUGUAGGUCAUCUCUGUUGAUCAUCUCUUUAUGAUUUAUCUAAGGGUUGUAAGCAUUGGAAAAGAUUUACAAUCAUUGAGAAUAAAAAAUAUUGUACCAAAAUUUAAUUGCCAGUUAGAUUUUCACAUAAAUUCAACAGAAAUAUUUUAUGAAAAAUAAAUAAAAUAAGCUAUUUUGUAAGCAUUUCUUUUAUUGAAUAGUUAUUUAUUAGUUAUAUUAUUAAUUUUUCUAAAUUUACAUCAUUAAAAAUGAUGACACAACAUUUAAGGCCACCAUUGCCCUCUGAAUUGAUCUGAAACUCAUGUUGACUAUCAAAGGGAGAGUAAUCUUUAAUUUUCUGGGUCACCUCCGUUUGCUCAACUUCUGUUUCUUAUUAAUUCUUCAUUGGAAACCAAAUAAAUAUUAUUAUAAAUAAAGUGACUCUCUUUUGCUUGUGUGCUUGUUCAGCUGUGCAUCCAGUCCUGUAUAUAAAACACGAAUUAUUGCCUCAAGAGCACUGCUGCCGUUGACCAGGAGAGGUCAGGUGAUCGGCAUCAGCCAACAGCUGUUUGCCAAUAUUCCUGCGUCAUCGGGAAAUAAUACACCUGUCUCAAACAGCCUUAUUCAUGGAUCUUUGCUGCAGGUAUUGUGUUAGCCUUAUUCAUGGAUCUUUGCUGCAGGUAUUGUGUUAGUCUUAUUCACGGAUUUUUGCUGCAGGUAUUGAUUGUUAGCCUUAUUCACGGAUCUUUGCUGCAAGUAUUGUCUUAGCCUUAUACGUUGAUCUUAGCUACAGGUAUUUUAUUUUAUUACGCUGCAGAUGUUGGCCUUAUUCUAAAACCUUAUGCUACUUACAGCUGCAGAUGUUGGCCUUAUUCUACAGCUUUAUGCUACUUACAGCUGCAGAUGUUGGCCUUAUUCUACAGCCUUAUGCUACUUACAGCUGCAGAUGUUGGCCUUAUUCUACAGCCUUAUGCUACCUACAGUUGCAGAUGUUGGCCUUAUUCUACAGCCUUAUGCUACUUACAGCUGCAGAUGUUGGCCUUAUUCUACAGCCUUAUGCUACUUACAGCUGCAGAUAUUUUAUUAACCUACCUUCAACAGAGUUUUGCUUAACAUUAUAAUUUAAAACUUGAUGAAUAUGUAGCAUAUUCAUGUAUCAUUUUUUUAUGUUUUAGUGUUUCCAUGAUUUUUCAUAUCAAUUGAUUUACCAACAGCUGUGUCAGCUGAUGAAGCUGGCCCAAGAUCUUGAUGCUGUCACAAUGGCUGACACGCUUAAGCUGAUGGUCAAGUGCCUCUUGGAGAGAACAUGGUUGAUGUCAUCAUGGUCAGUCGUAGUGUACAUUUUUAAAUACUAUUUAUAGAGCAGCUUUCCCGAAAUGAGGGCACUCAUGCUUUUAUUUGCCUGUGGUCUGUAUGUGAUUAGUUCAACAUCCCACGGCCUCCUGAAAUUCCAGGAGCUCCUGGAAAACUCCUUAAAUUUUAAAAUUUCUGCUUAUAGGUUCUGAAAUUUUAUUGUCAUAGAGAUCGCGAUAGCUUUUUUUUUUUUCUCGCCCCGCAGUGCGACAUUUUUUGAGCAACAGGCUCAAAGGUUUCGGUAUUAUUAGAAGAAUACGUCUUUGAUUCUGCGCAGUCCGAUAUUUUUUGGUUAACAUCCUGUUUCCGUUUUUCCGUUUUGAAUUUACUUAAUAAAAGCGUGGAGCACUAAGUCUUACGCAGUUCAUUCUGAAUGAAUUUUGUAUUCGGCCACGCUUUUUAUUUCAAUCAUUUUAUCGUUUUAAGGAUUUUUGUAAUCGAGCAUGCUGUCUUCUCGUUUUAUUCAGUUCAUUUUAAUAACAUUGAAUCAGCACUUUGCCUUUCAUAAUUUUAAUGUGAAACAGUUCAUUGACAUUGAAUAUUUGAAUUCUUGACGAUUUGAAUUCUUAACGAUUUUUGACGCUUGAAUUUCAUCGGCAUAUUUAAUCUGCUGUUAUUGAUGAUUUUGUAAUUUUAAUCCAUAUCAUCAAAUCAUGCCUAAAUACACUACAUCAUUUAACCCUUUGUGGCUCGAGAACGAAGGUUUUAAGUCAUGGUUACAAAAGGCGUCACAACCAAGUAAGGCAUUUUGCUGUAUUUGUUUGAAGACCUUUGACAUUUCAAAUAUGGGAGAGUCUGCUGUAAGAUCUCAUAUGAAAUCAAUUAGACAGGAGCUAAAUUCGAAGAAGGGGGCUGGCUGUGUGUCACUGAUGUCUAUGUUAAAGACACCAACUGCCACAUCAUCUGACUCUAUGAUCCCAGUUUCGACGUCUAAAACUAUGUCAUUAGGUGGUCCAGGUAUGAGUAUGCUACCACCAUCUCCAAAUAUGCCAACAUCAUCUGUGACCACAGUCUCUAAGCUUUCCUCACCAUCAUUCAGAGCGGCUGUUACAACAGAUGAAACACUAAGAGCUAUGAUUCUGUGGACUUUGAAAGUGGUAUCCCCUCAUUACUCAUACAACAGCAGUGCAAAUAUCUCUAAUUAAAUUUAUUUGUACAAAUGUUUCCUGACAGCGACAUAGCCAAAAAAUGUACAUGCGGAGCUGACGAAAUAGCUUAUUUUGUCAGUUUUGGACUAGGGUCAUAUUUUAAAGAGCUUUUAAAGAAAAGACUUGGCUCUUCAGAAGAUGGCUUUGUGCUGUUGUUUGACGAAACAUCGAACAGAGAACUAAAUAAAAAGCAGAUGGAUAUUCAUGAUAGAUGUUGAGAUGGAGAUCAUGUAAGUAUUUUUAUUCCGUGUUGUUCACUAUACUUUUUUUUACUUGAUAUUUAUUUCUUUUGUAUUGUAUUGUACAGAUCUGUACUAAUUAGAGCUAAAAAUAUAAUGAGACCUAUAUUAAAUAAAAGUAAAAUUGAAACUAUCAUGUUUGGCGUAGGCAUGUCUGCACAAUCCUUGUCUUUUAAGUUAAGGAUGACUGAAUUAUUUUAAAAGCUAAUUAUAGAUUUAUUCUUUUAUUUACAAAUAUUAGGCCGACCUUAAUUGCUAAAUAUUUUGCUUUCAUUGUAAUUUUACUUUGUUUUAAUAUUUGUAAAAUUUCCAUCUCAAACUUCUAAGGUUAUAACUAGAUACUACAGUUCAGAAUUUCUAGGCCACGCCACCGCUCAACAUAUGUUUGACAAAAUUCAGGAGCAGUUGGAUGUUGAUACCAGGAAGAUAAUUCAAAUAUCAAUGGAUGGUCCCAAUGUUAACUGGUCUUUAUUUAAGUUACUCAGUGAGGAUAUAGAAAGACAAGUUCCUGCAGGUUUUAAAUUUAUUGACAUUGGCAGCUGUGAUCUUCACACAAUCCACAAUGCUUUUAGUGCUGUGCAUGCUGCGACCUAUUGGGAUUUAUCCCAUUUUUUUCUCAUCAAUGUCUUGGCUGUUCAAAGAUACACCUGCCAGAUGAGAAGACUUCAUUAUAGAAACUGGCUGCACAGAUUUUCCGUUAGACCACUGCUCUGAUCGCUGGGUUGAAAAUAUACCUGUUGUGGAGAGAGCUUUAAAGAUGUGGCCUCAUGUUAAAAAAUUCAUACAACAUCUAAUGACCACAAAGAAAUCCCUGCACACAAAAUCGUUUGAACAUUUAAAAGCAUGCAGCCAAGAUGAAUUAUUGGUGGCAAAGGUGGAGUCAUUUAUUUCUAAUGCAAAAUUAGUUCAACCUUUUUUAACAAAGUCUCAGAAGGAUGCUCCAUUGUUGCCAUUUAUUGCACAUGACCUUCACCUCAUGAUUGGGUCAGUCUGACCAAGGUUUGUGCCCAGCAUUAUUUUAAGUGGUUGUACUACUGCAUCCUCUCCCAAUCGGAAAAUAUGCUGGAGUAGGGAAAAAUCGAUAUAGGCUUCAAGUCCAAUAAGAUUAUUAAAGAAGCUUCAAAGAAUGUGAGUGCUAGAGAAAAUCUAAAUUUUAGAUUACAGUGCUGAGAAUUUUUUUAAAUAUUGGCAGGAAGGCUUAUUGAAAAAUCACCCAUUAAAAGUAAAAUAAUAAGGACUUUAAAAUGGAUGCAGCCCAAAGCGAUUGUAGAAGACUACAGCACCUGUCUCCAUCAGCUUGAUAUAACUCUGGGCUGUCUGGUCUCCCUGAAACGUAUUGAUGCAAAUAUGUGUGACUCCAUUAAGUCACAAUUUCUUCAAUGGCACACCACAGUUGUCUCUGAGCACUCUAUUGCCUUCCAGAGUUUUGAAACUAAUUCUCAACAUCUCGAUAUUUUCUAUUCUGAGCAUUUAGGGGCAAACCAGAAUAUUCCGACAUGUGGAAGGUGAUGUGCUCUCUUCUUUUGCUGUCUCACGGUCAGGUACAAGUUGAACGUGGGUUUAGUUUCAACAAGGAGACCAUACAACAAUUAUGAUUGAGAGGGCCCUGACUGUUAAGCGAGUCAUUUGUGACAAUUUGGUAAGCAUCCAAGAGCUUGAAAAUCAUACCAUUACAAGUGGUAUGCUGAUGUAAAAGAAAGCUAAACGAUGAAUUUUCCUUGCUAGAAACUUUAAAGAGUAAGAAGUCAAGGAUGGAGAAAGACAUUUCUUUGCUGACAGACUCUGCAGAUAAACUGGCAGAAAAAGCAGAGAAGACUAAUUGACACAAAUGUUUGAUAGAGUCGAAGGCUUUGCAACGGUCAUUUGAUAGAGUCGAACGCUUUGCGACGGUCAUUUGAUAGAGUCGAACGCUUUGCGACGGUCAGCAAGAGAAAAAAUGGAAGCAGUCAAAAGGUGGACUGAAGAAAUAGAGUUCAAAGCUCAAGAAAUCGGACGACUUUAACUUCAAAAUCAAUGACUUCUGUGUUUUAGUGGAACAUUUUUUCUCAUACUUAUAUCAAAUAGAACUAUGCUGAAUUAAUUUAUUUUAUUUGACAAUAGCUUCAAAGUUGUGUACCAUGCAGAAUUUAUGACUGAGUCUAUUGGCUCCUACUUUAAUUAUUGGAACUAGGCUCAGUCAAUGGAUUAUUUUAUAAAUGUUGUUACUUUGUUGUGGUGCAUUAAGAGCAUCUUAUAAGAUUUUUGUGUAUAAAUGGGUACAGAGUAUCUAUGCUGCCUCAGUUAUUGACAAUAGCCCCAAAGUUGUGAUCCAUGCAGAAUUUAUUAUUACUGACUCAUUAUGAAUCUAUGCUGAUUCAAUUAUUGAAAAUUUCCUCUUGUGUACCAUGGAGAAUUCAUUACUACUGACUCGUGCCUUAAUCAUUGGAACUACGUUGAUUCAUUGGAUUAUUUUUGAAGCAUCAAGAGCAUCUUAUAAAAUGUGUGUGUGUAAAUGGGUACAGAGUAUCUAUGCUGCUUGAUUCAGAGUAUCAUUAAAUCAAAUAAUUGCUUUAGUAGUCCAUAGAGUAAGUAUUAUGCUAGUGCAUUUAUGUCCAGUUACUACAAAUAUAUUUUAUACGUUUAGGAUUUAAAAAAUUUUUACCGGUAUAAAUGUCCUGGAAUUUUGUAUAUUGUCCUAGAUAACUCCUGGAUUUUUUUUUUUUAGAUUUGGUGCAGGAAUCUUAAUGGAUGCUUACAUAAUUGUUGUUAUAUAUGUAUUCACCAAAACACACAAGUCAGCAUUCAUCAUAUCUGGGCCAUUCCUGGAUUUGCCAAUUUCUAAUCAAUUUUAUUCAUGGUUUCUUAAAGACAUGUUAUGAAAACACUUUUAUCUGAUAACAAAUUUUUGCCAACUUCCUCAGUACCAACCGGUGCUUUGCCACCCAUCAAUCAACUCUAGUCCUAGUCGAUAUGGUUCUGGAUUUGACAGAGGCCUGUGGGAGACCAGAGUCUGCACCUGAGCUGAAAUCAGUUUUUCUCACUUCACUGCUCAAGGGAGGCAGCUGUCCUGAACUCUUCUGGCAACCUUUGUAUUUUGACCUGGAGCAAACCAGAGCCAGACUCUGCCUGAAAUAUUUGGCC